AUGAGCACAGUGUCUGAACCUUUGGUUGGCAACAGCAGGUCUCUGUCUGCAGCCAAGAGACACAAAAGUAUCAGGAAGAACUCCAGAAGGAUUUAUUCAGCCUACCAGGACCACCAGCAGGGCUCCUCAGAUGAUGAAGACAAAGAGGAUGAGCGGGUGGACAGCAACGACCCAGAGGAGAUGUUCCAGAACAUUCAGUACCAGAAGGAGAUCAUCGCCAACAUUCGGACCAGACCCUGGCCAAUGAGACGAAAGCUCAAAGUUCUAAAGCAUGCCAGAGAGAUUGUUCUGAAGUACGAGGGCCGCCUGACCAGAACCAGAGGCUACCAGACUGCAGGAGCUGAUCUGCUGAAGAAGCUUUCCCGUGUGCUUUACAACAUUGUGGUUCUGUUCAUUCCCUGGGAAGUGAGGAUCAAGAAAAUCGAAAGUCACUUUGGGUCGGGUGUGGCUUCCUACUUUAUCUUCCUCCGCUGGUUGUUUGGGAUCAACAUCGUCCUCACCAUCAUGACUGGAGCCUUCAUUGUUCUGCCUGAGCUGCUGGCUGGAGCUCCAUUUGGAACGACAAGGAGUAAAACUAUUCCAAAGGAGCAUCUGGCUUCAGCCCAGGACCUGGACACCAUAUGGUCUCUUGGAGGAUAUCUGCAGUACUCUGUCUUGUUCUAUGGUUACUAUGGCAGGGCAAGGAAAAUUGGCAGUGCAGGUUACCGGUUGCCCCUUGCCUACUUCAUGGUUGGAAUGGCUGUCUUUGCCUACAGUUUCAUCAUUCUGCUCAGAAAAAUGGCCAAGAACUCUCGCCUGAGCCUGGCCAGUGCAUCUGAUGAGAACUUCACGUUCUGCUGGAGAGUUUUCUGUGCUUGGGAUUACCUGAUAGGAAACCCGGAGGCAGCAGAGAGCAAAGGAGCUGCUAUUGUCAACAACAUCAGGGAAGCCAUUGUUGAGGAGCAGGAAAAGAAGAAGGAAACCAGUCUGGCAGUCCUGAUCAGCCUGCGGAUCUUAGCCAACAUUCUGGUGCUGCUGUCUCUGGCUGGCAGCAUCUACAUCAUCUACUUUGUGGUGGACCGUUCUCAGAAACUCGAGCAGGAGAAGCCGGAACUGACGCUGUGGGAGAAGAAUGAGGUGAGUGUGGUGGUCUCUCUCAUAACCAUGAUCGCGCCGUCUGCCUUUGAGCUGGUUGCUCAGCUUGAGAUGUACCACCCACGAACAUCGCUGCGCUUCCAGCUGGCCAGAGUGCUUGUUUUAUACCUGGGGAAUCUCUACAGCCUUAUUAUUGCCCUCCUCGAUAAGGUCAACAGUAUGAGCUCUGCUGUCUUAGUGAGUCCAGGUAACUGGUCUGACUCGAGCUCCUUCCUGGCCACCAUCUCUCAGCCGGAGGUAGAGAGCCCAUCCACUCUCAUUUCUGACAUCUCUGUCUCCGAGCAUCACAACAGCACCAUUGCCACUGUUGCCAUGGUUCUGGAUGUUACAAACACCAGCACAAGCAGCUCAGGGAGCAUCUCUAACCAGACCGCUCUGUUUGAAAAGAACACUCGCUCACAGCAGGACCAGUGCUGGGAGACCUACGUUGGACAGGAGAUGCUGAAGCUGUCCAUCAUUGACAUGAUCUUCACAGUGGCCAGCAUCCUGCUCAUUGACUUCAUCAGAGGUUUGGUUGUUCGCUACCUGAGUGAUUGCUGUUGCUGGGAUUUGGAGAGCAAGUUCCCUGAAUAUGGAGAAUUCAAAAUAGCAGAGAAUGUUUUGCAUCUGAUUUAUAACCAAGGAAUGAUCUGGAUGGGAGCGUUUUUCUCUCCAUGUCUUCCUGCCUUCAACGUGUUAAAGCUGAUUGGUCUGAUGUAUCUGAGGAGCUGGGCCGUCCUCACCUGUAACGUUCCCCAUCAGCAGGUGUUCCGCGCCUCCAGAUCAAAUAAUUUCUACCUGGCGAUGCUGCUUUUCAUGUUGUUUCUGUGUAUGCUGCCCACCAUCUUCGCCAUAGUGAGAUACAGACCGUCACAGCACUGUGGACCAUUCAGUGGUCAAGAGAAGAUAUAUGACAUCAUCUCUGAGACAGUGGCCAGUGAUUUCCCCCUGUGGUUCAGUAAAGUGAUGAGUUAUGUCACAAGCCCUGUUGUAGUGCUGCCAGCACUGCUGCUCCUGUUCAUGCUGAUCUACUACCUGCAGGCCAUUGCCAGAUCUCUCAAGUUCACCAACAAUCAGCUGAGGAUGCAGCUCCAGACUGAGCGGACCGAGGACAAGAAGAAAGUCUUCCAGAUGGCUGCAGCAAGACUUCAGGCUCCAGAGACUGCAGCAGACAAAAAGCCGGAUCAGCAGGAGAGCGACAUCACGAGCCAGGAGGCCUCCGUUCACACUCCGUCUCCCCGGCGGAACGGCAGCGUCACAAACUUUAAUUCUCCGGUUCGUCGUGGAAACAGCAUACGCACCAUAACCCAAUCAGCAUCUAGGGCGGAUCUGAACAGAGGAAGAGUGGCUGGAUCUGUCAGAAGUCCUGCAGUGACCAUACUGCCCAAACACCGACUGGAGCACAUACCUAACAGGCCUUUCCCUUUUCUUGGUGGCCCUGGUGCCAACUGCAGGUCCAAGUCCUACCACCACAUGGCGUGUAACCCCCCAGCUCGCUAUUCUGACAGCAUCCACUCUGACCCCCUGUACAGGAAGACCAUACGCUCCAUCCAUCCUGUGGAGGCUGCUGGGAUCAUCACCGCACAGAGUUACACAGGACGGCGUGGUCAUGCCACACACUACGUGAUUGUCAAUGAGCACGAGCCCAGGAAGAAGCUGCGUCGCUCAACCACACGGAUCCCACGCCAUUACCUCAUGGAGGAGCCUGCAGAGAUUCUGGAGUUGUACCCACGCAACAUCAAACGCUACACACCCCGUAAUGCUCACCACCAACCACAUCCUCACCGGCCCCACCCAUCACCGCAGCAUCUGAGUGAGGAUGAAGAGGAGGACGAGGAGGGGAACGGUAGGAGGAGUAUGUUGAUAGGAAAGGCUCAUCGCCCCCGUUCCCUCUCUGACCUCCACCAGCCAGCGCAUUUCUACAUCGGUGAGCGUGUAGAGAGUCACAAGUCCGUGGCCAAAGACGCUGCUCGAGGAGGAUAUGGAGCGCAAGAAGAGGAUGAUGUUGAAGGAGAAAUAGACUGGGGAGAUGUGGAGUCACACCCCCGGCCCCAGGCCAGUGUGAGAGGUGCAGAUUCUCUUCUUGUGCGAACCCGGCGGCACAUCCAUUCUCCAGGACGACACUCUCAGUCCCCAGCCAGGAACAGGCACAUGGAGUCUUAUGUGAAACCCAAGGCCAGACAGAAGCUUGAGACCCCUGUGACAGAGUCCGACUCAGCCUCCCUGGCCUCCAGCAGCGAUCAGCAGAACAGCAGCACUGACCAGUACAUCCAGGUCAUCCACAACAAGGAGCACUAUCUGAAGUCAGAGGCCAGGCAGGGAAAACUGGCCAAGAAGAAAUCCAAAACCAGCAUGGAUCUGAAUGUCACCGAGUCAAAUGACUUGGUCUGCUCCAAUGUAUGA